AUGCUCCGGGAGGGCGAUGCGGCUCCCCGCGUCCCGCUGAGCGAGGCCGCUGCCCCCGCCGGGGCUGCCCUGCGCAGGGCAGGGGGGGCUGCCUGCGCUCUGCGGUUGGCCUUUCCCCCCCCGCCCCCGCCACCACCUCUUCUGCCCUUGGGGUUGUUGGUUUUUUUUUUUACUAUUUUAUUUUAUUUUAUUUGGGUUUCUUUUAUUUGGUUUUAUUUUUGUUUUAUUUACCCCUCCUGGAAAAAAAAAAAAAAAAAAAAAGCCGCCGCUCCCUGCACCGACCCCCGCGGCGGGCUGGAGAGGCUGAUGCGGCCGCUAAGGGAGAGGAUAGUGGUUAAAGCUCGAGCUGGAUGGAUGGGUAUGGGGAGAGGGGCAGGAUCCACAGCCCUGGGACUUUUCCAAAUCCUCCCUGUCUUUCUCUGCAUCUUCCCUUCAGUGACGUCUCCAUGCAAGAUCCUCAAGUGCAACUCUGAGUUCUGGGCGGCCACGUCGGGCUCCCACCACCUGGGCACGGAGGAGGCACCCGAAUUUUGCACGGCGCUGCGCGCCUACGCGCACUGCACCCGCCGCACCGCCCGCACCUGCAGGGGUGACCUGGCCUACCACUCCGCCGUGCAUGGCAUAGACGAUCUCAUGGUGCAACACAACUGCUCCAAGGAUGGCCCCACGUCCCAGCCCCGCCUCCGGACAUUGCCCCCUGGGGAUAGCCAGGAGCGCUCCGACAGCCCCGAAAUCUGCCACUACGAGAAGAGCUUUCACAAACACUCGGCCACCCCCAACUAUACCCACUGCGGACUCUUCGGGGACCCCCACCUCAGGACUUUCACAGACACUUUCCAAACCUGCAAGGUGCAAGGGGCUUGGCCGCUCAUAGACAAUAACUACCUGAACGUCCAGGUCACCAACACACCAGUGCUGCCUGGCUCCACAGCCACCGCCACCAGCAAGCUCACCAUCAUCUUCAAGAGCUUCCAGGAGUGUGUGGACCAGAAAGUGUACCAGGCAGAGAUGGACGAGCUCCCUGCUGCCUUUGCCGACGGCUCCAAGAAUGGUGGGGACAAGCACGGAGCCAACAGCCUGAAGAUCACUGAGAAGGUGUCAGGCCAACACAUUGAGAUCCAGGCAAAGUACAUUGGCACCACCAUCGUGGUGAGGCAGGUGGGCCGGUACCUCACCUUCGCUGUGCGCAUGCCAGAGGAGGUGGUCAAUGCCGUGGAGGACCGGGACAGUCAGGGCCUCUACCUGUGCCUCCGCGGUUGUCCACUCAACCAACAGAUUGACUUCCAGACCAUCCGCUCGGCUCAGGCCACAGAGGGUCGUGCCCGUAGGAAGGGGCCCAGCCUGCCGGUCCCCCCCGAGGCCUUCACGUACGAAACGGCUACAGCCAAGUGCAGGGAAAAGCUGCCCGUGGAGGAUCUCUACUUUCAGUCCUGUGUCUUCGACCUCCUCACCACGGGGGAUGUCAACUUCAUGCUGGCUGCUUACUAUGCCUUUGAGGACGUGAAGAUGCUUCACUCCAACAAAGACAAACUGCACCUCUAUGAAAGGACACGGGACCUGGCCCCGGGCAACACAGCUCCCUCGGGGACCCCCCUCACCCUCUGGGUAGCACUGCUGUGUUUGAGUCAGUGUUGGUUGUGCUUGUUAUAGAGGUUUGCUCCUUCACACCGUGGAGAGCGGGGAAAGGGGAGCAGGAGGGAACCAGGGAUGAGAUGGUGGUGCUGGACAAUGGGAGGUUGGAUAUCAGAGCCGCAUGGGUUGUCCUCACACCUCAGCCCCUCUCUUUGGCACCAGGUCCUCCACCUUCCCAGCUCUUGCCUGGGAGGAACGUGCUGCCAAUGGGACCAGUCAGGAGUUUUUGCUGGACUGUACCUUGUCUGGACUUUGCUCACCUCCCCUUCUCCUCCUCCUCCUCCUCCUCCUCCCAGUAGUGUGGGUGCCGAGGAGCCCCCACCUCCUUGUAGCGCUCCCCCAGGUCCCGAAAAUGCACGAGGUGACUGUGACAUGGGCGUGCAUGAACGUGGCUUUGUCUUUGGAGAGCAGAGCCUACGAGGAGGGCGCAGAGCAGCGAGACGGGGCCAAGCCUGGCCAGUACAACAGGGCCGGGCUUUCUGCUCGCCGGGGCCAUGCUCUGCUUUUUGGGCAUGUCCCGCUCUGCCCACAGCCCCGUUGUUGCAGAAAGUGGUGCAAGGGGCCAAAAUGGCAGGGAAUGGUCCCACGCUUGCCCAGCUGCCGGUGCCAGGCAUCUUCUGGGUGGAAGGAGGACAUGUUCCUCAAGCCUCGGCUUGCGUUUGCUGUGGUUCAAAGGGCAUCUCCUGUUUUAGCCAGUUCAUUCAGCUGAUUCACUCAGUAGUUUUAUUCCCGGCUCCCUUGUCUCUGCCCGGACCCACCGAGGACUCUUGAUGGCAACGGGAGAAACCUGGCCAGUAUUCCAGUGGUUUCUGCAACUUCUGCCCGGCGUUGGAUGAGUUCCUCGCACCGUUUGCUCUCCGGUCCCCUAAAACUGGCAGUGGGGAGGCUGGUCAGUGCGAGGCCCGAUCUGCACCUCCCUCCAGCCCUGCACCCACUUGCCUGCCUGCGGCUCGGCCAGGCCCUGGGAUGGAGCAGGAGCAUCGCGCUCUGUUUGUUUGCUGCUAGGUCUCUGCUCCGCUCCUCAUCCUGGGGCCGCGACUUGCAACCCCGUUGCAGACCAGUUGCACCUUAAGCCCCUCUGGGCUUGAAUCAGCAAUGGGGCAAUGUUAGAAAUCCAGCCAGGAGAUGGGAUGCAGCAGAGGACCCCCCAAAUGCCUCCAAAUGUCUGUUCCCUGCCUCAAAACCAUGGAUAAUCUCCUUCCCUCACCACGUAGUGCUGCCCAUCUCCUCUCCAUGUUCUUCUGUGGUUCACCUCAUCACUCACUGAACAAACAGCAAGACCACCUUUGGUCUGCGUCUUGGAGACCUCCUGAUGGGUUUCCCCUCCUUUCCUCAGGGGGAAGUUCCCAGAAACAAGCCCCAAAACACGUGUCACUCUUGGGGGCACCUCCUGCUCUCAAGGGAGGUCUCUGGGCAUGCUGAGACAAGCUAGCACCAAAAGAGGUGGGAACAGGCUACAUUUGGCAGUCUGAACUGGUGUCAAGAGGCAGCCUGGUGUAAAUACUCAACGUGACUAUUCAUUGUGUCCUAACAGCUCUAGAGCUCCAUUUGUAAAGCACCAGAGAAAUGCAAAAUUGUGUCAAUGGAUGUAAUUUAUAUUGUCUCUUUAAUAUAUAGAGCCCUGGCAUUGAUCUCGUGUGACUGUACAGACGAAGAGAUGUAACUGGUUUUUAAAUGUUUAAGGAAAGAAAAGAAACAAAAAGAUGUGUUUACUACUUUGCUCCUUGCUUUGUUUGCUGGUGCCCCAGGUAUUCUGUUUAGGGAGAUUUUGAAAUAAGGAUAUCACAGUUUGGAGGCGCUGAGGAGAGCAACCACUGGACAGUGGCACAGGACCGUUUAGUUUCCCAAUGCACUAAUUGCUCAGCCAGGCUGAUUUGGACUUUUUGUUUCCUUUCUUCAAGAAAGAACUAAGUUUUUGUCUUCCCUAGCAAUUCAAAACACAAGUUUUGAAAGCCAAAAUUUGUCACUGGGUAAGAGGAAACAUUUCUUUCUUGCUGUGUUACCCCAUAGAUAACAGCAGCUGUGCAAAGCAUCCUCUGAAGACACGGUGCUUCUUGAAAGCAGUCUUAGCUGGCCAAGCCACAGGGGGCCAACAAGUCAAUACUUCCCUUAAGACCUCCCUUUCCUACGAAGUGAUCACCCUACGGCACAAUGCGCUGUGGUUUAGGGGUAAUUUCCAGCCAGGGAAAGUCUAUUUGAUUAUGGCGUGGCUCAGUCCCACUGUCCAGGUGAGCACUCCAGUGGUGGCCGGCUGUCGUACGGUGGUUAGGGUAUCCCUAUUUUAGAAGCAAACAGUGAAGCACUUUAUUUUAGUUGUGUUUGACCCAGUUCUGGUUAAAGGUGAAGUGUGGCCAAGAAAGACCCAAUACUUGGAAACAAAAAAAAAUACGUAGGCAAAGGGAGGGGGCAUUACGAGAAGGCCCCCCCCCACCUCCUCCCUGCGCUGAGACCCACGGGAGUGUCACCACCUGUACAUACUGUAAAUUAUUUAUUGAGAGAAGCGCAAGUAAAGUUUGAGGUUUUUUGACAA